AAUUAUGCGUGAGAUCCGACCUGCGGGUACGCGUCUGCCCGUCGACCUGCGUCGACCAAGUGUUGUUGUAUUUGAACUCAAGAUUUUCUUGGUUUUCUCCCGCCAGCGUGAGUAGCUGUCUUCAACCGGCUGCAGCCUCGAGCACGCCGCCAUGGGCUUCAGACAAGCCGCAGUGCUCUCUUCCGUCUCCUUCUUCCUCGGUGUUCUGCUUAUCUGUCUGAACGUCGACUACCGUAUCCUCUUCACGCCGCUCACGGACGACGUACUGCGCGAUGGCUUCGAGUUCUACACGACGUUCUACAAUUCCCCGCCGGCCAUCAAGGCUCUGCUGCAUGCCGUCAUGGGGGUGGGCGCCCUGGGCCUCUGCGGGAAGCUGAACCGGUGGGACGAGAGCGCCAUCUUCUUCGACGGGUCCUCGCUCGCGGCGUACGUCUUCGCCAUGGCGGUGUACAUCUCCGUGGGGAUCCCGCCUCGCGCUCGGUCGCCGUGCCCCUCCCCGGGGACACGCGCGGGGACCAGGUCGAGGCGCUCCGCGUGCUGUCGGCGGGGAACACGAUCAUCAUCGUCCUCCUGGGUGCGGUGCUCGCUCUCCAGGUACGUCCUCUGUUAGCCGACCACCAUCAAUCCGUUCGCGUGUCCCGCAUCCCACGUCCCACGUCCCCCCUCUUCCUGGUGGAAUGCCGUAUGCUGACAGUGCCUUGGACGUGUGUGAACGCAGGCGGGCGAGGAGUACGCGCGC